AUGAUUACUUUAGAUGACCGAAGUACGCUGUAUGGAUUAGCUGCCACAGGUUCCCGUCCCCAGAUUGAUGGGAACUCGCCAGAUGCACGUGAUACGACAGACGUGUCCAAACGUGAAGACGAAGAGCUAGUCACGGUUCCUGUCGCAAAGCUACAGCAACUGGUAGAAUUUGGGAUACAGGUACUGAAAGAAAGCAGAAGGAAGACGAACAUUCGUGAAAUUGACCUAGAGUAUAACGCAGCUCCGGCUCCAGAAGGCUUUCCUGUGAUUCGCUCUUACCAAGCACGUUCGGAAGUUCCACGCCCACUGAAUCGCCCGAAGUACCUACAUGAAUUCUUAACUCGGGCUUGCGCGAACCCCUGGCCAGUUCGGAAGGUUGAAGUGAACCGUAAUCAGGUGAUUCAUCUGGAUCAUCUUGGGCAGCCCUUUGAUAGAUUCAAUCGUGUACAUUUCGAGGCCAUUUGGGAAAAUCACUUCAGGAUCUUCUUUGGAUACGGAGAAAGAUCUGUAACUGCUUCAGAGAUAGUGCGAAGAGGAUGGUUUUGGAAAAGAAUACUUAAUGAGUGCGACAAAGAAAUGAUACCCUGGCUGCUCGAAAUUGGGACUGAUAAUCCAGACGCUCGAGCAGCAAUUCUGGUAAAGAUUUUAAUUUGCAUCAUCAAGUCGUCAAUUGAAAGGAGAUAUUCUACUACUUCAACAAUUGGGGCUAUUCUCGAGCGUUGCUACACGAGCGGAGUAUUACGCCAACCCGAAGAUUUCCCCUCGAAUCCAAAUAGCAUUCAUUUCCAAAAAGAAAUGAGGCAGGACUAUAGCUUUCAUAUAAUUCUUGUUGCAAUAUCACUGAAUAUAUACAAUGAUUGUUUGAUGGAAGAUAAUUCGGACCUGGGUCUCAACAGCCGCCAGAUACUAUGGUCCCCUAUGGAUUUAUUGAGAGAAGCUUGCGGGGGUGCCAACUUGGAACAAAUUCUUGCUUUUCAGGGACCGGAACUUGUUGUAUCAAUUCUAUCUGUAUCAAAAUCUUCGAAUGCUCCAGUUCUAUUGGAAAGCCCAACCACUAGCUCUGGACGUAUCGACGAUCUGAACAUUGGGUCUUUGCAGACUAUUGGGGAUCUUCGAAUAGUCUGGACAGAUAUUUUCGAGGAACAUCUCCUCCUGAACCAUGAAAAUAAAUGUUUGAAAAUUGCACGACUACGACCCUUCGUCUGGGGGAUGUUAAGUAUUUUUCAGAACGACUGCGUCCGUUGGUCUAGUAUAUACCGUCAGCCACGAGAGCUUUCAAUCUUGAAAGAGCUAAAGGCCGAUAUCGAAAAGACAUGGGCCAUUCUCUUCUCAAUCACAACUCUAGGCGAGAACUCCAAGAACAAAUCGCGGGUUAGGGAAAAGCUCAAGCAUGAGUACGAGACCAUUAUGGACGAAGACCGAAAUCCAAUACAUACAGAUAUUCAAACCCUCAAAGAAUACCACAUGCCAUGGAUAGAAGACGAUUCAGCGACCGGCAGAGUGCAAUCGUACUACGAGUCACGAUGGGAGAAUCUCCAAGGAAUCAUCAAAUCAAAACAAGACAAGAGCACAAUUGCCUACUCCAAUUUCGGCAUGUUCGAAGACCGUGUGAGAGAUCUGAGACAGUAUAUGGAUCACCAAAGACCACAUGGUUUGCGACAAUUACUACGAGAUUCUAGGGAUGCGCUUAACUAUUAUACGUUUAUGGGUGUUAUUAUCUUUGGAUUGUUGACUGUCUUUCUCGCUCUGGCAUCUUUUUUUGUGGGCGUCGCUCAGACGUAUGCUGCGUUUAAAGCGUUGGAUGCGUCUUCUUAGUGUGAAGUUCGUGGCAUGCUUGACGACCAGUACUCUUGUGGAUGGAAUUGAAGAAUCGUGUUGGAAUUUUUCAUUAGAUUUCCUACCAUGAAAUGAUUACUGUGAGCCGAAAUGGCUAAUCAUAUCUGCUUUGUGGCAAACACACUACGUCAGUACUCACGUCAACGAAUCACCAGGAAACAAUGCAUGGACAAUCCCAGAUCUGUAAUUGCACCUCUGAAGACGAGAUAUAGGAUACAUCGAGCGCGAGAAAAGUCGGAAGAUCGGAUGAGUGGGUAUGGAAAGACGUAUAUACCACCCUUAAGACUUCUCUUACAAAAAAACACCUCCGCAGGAAAGAGCAGAGAAAUAUAAAGUGUCCUGCUACUCUAGGAAUCAGAAUUAUAGAAAAGAAGAAUGGGAAAGAAAUGAGGUUAUGAACUAUCAAUCUUGUGUACGAAACUGGGAAAAGGGGUAAUUAUUUGCUUUGUAUUCUAAUUUUCAUCAUGUGGGAUUCCGUCCCUCUAGAAGGUGGACCAU